UUCGAAAUUACAUAAAAUAUUCCAAAUUAGUGGCCUUUGAAGAACCAAGAAAGCAUUUGACAUUUAACACCGCUCCUGACUUCACCGCUACCAUCGUACAUUUCCCGCUACCUAAACCAAACUCUUCCCUUUCAUUCAUUCCAUUCUCAAUUCUCAUUCCCUCUCCGGUAAGGAAAUCUAUGGAUCUUGAUGCAAUUUUUGGGAUUACGAAACCUGUGGCGGCGGAUAUUCCGAGGAGGAGUGCUAUUUAUGUGUGGGGAUAUAAUCAAUCUGGGCAGACAGGAAGAAGGGAGAAAGAUGAUGAGCUGAGGAUUCCCAAACAGCUGCCACCUCAGCUGUUUGGGUGUCCAGCUGGUUUGAAUACACGGUGGUUGGAUAUUGCGUGCGGUCGCGAGCAUACAGCUGCGAUAGCCUCGGAUGGAUCGCUUUUCACUUGGGGGGCUAAUGAGUUUGGUCAACUGGGUGAUGGAACUGAGGAGCGAAGGGAACAUCCAAAGAAAGUCAAACAAUUAAAGUCGGAGUUUGUAAAAUCUGUAUCUUGUGGUGCACAUUGUUCAGCUUGUAUUGCUGAACCUCGUGCAAAUGACGGUUCCAUCUCGACUGGAAGGCUUUGGGUGUGGGGGCAAAAUCAGGGAUCAAAUCUUCCAAGAUUGUUUUGGGGAGCCUUCGAAACUAACACAGUCAUUAAGCAAGUGUCUUGUGGAGCUGUUCACGUGGUUGCUUUGUCGGAGGAAGGCCUACUACAAGCUUGGGGCUACAAUGAGUAUGGUCAACUUGGCCGAGGUGUUACCUGUGAAGGACUACAAGGAGCUCGCAUAAUAAGUUCUUAUGCUAAAUUCCUUGACGAAGCCCCCGAGCCCGUGAAGAUUACAAGUGUGUCAUGCGGGGAGUACCAUACAGCAGCCAUUUCUGACGAGGGAGAGGUUUACACAUGGGGACUAGGAAGUAUGGGCCAGCUCGGACAUUCUUCACUCCAGUAUGGUGAUAAAGAGUUACUUCCAAGGAGGGUGGUUUCCCUUGACAGUAUUUUCAUAAAAGACGUGUCAUGCGGUGGUGUACAUACAUGUGCUUUAACUCAGGAAGGAGCACUUUACGCUUGGGGUGGAGGCCAAUCUGGACAGUUAGGCCUAGGCCCUGACACAGGAUUAUUCUCGUGUGUUGUCAAUGACUCUCGGACAUUUUUCCGUAACAUUCCAGUUUUAGUUGUUCCAAAAAGCGUACAACUCGUUGCAUGUGGACAUUCUCACACACUUAUCUGUAUGAAAGAUGGUCGAAUACAUGGAUGGGGUUACAAUAGUUACGGUCAGGCAGCCAAUGAGAAAAGUACAUAUGCUUGGUAUCCGUCACCUGUUGACUGGUGUGUUGGGGAGGUUCGAAAACUAGCUGCUGGGGGAGGCCAUUCAGCUGUGCUGACGGAUGCUUAUUCAUUAAAGGAGUUGUGUGAGUUUGUACUUGCGGAUAGUAUGACCUUAUCUAAUGCGGCUAAAGUUGAGGAUAUCGCUUAUAGAACCGGAUCUGAUGCUUUAGCUCGCCUUUGUGGAAGACUCAGAGAGUACAUGCUUGCCAGUGGCGCUCAUGGACAAGACGAAGAAAAGAACAGCUACAAUGAGUAUGGUCAACUUGGCCGAGGUGUUACCUGUGAAGGACUACAAGGAGCUCGCAUUAUAAGUUCUUAUGCUAAAUUCCUUGACGAAGCCCCCGAGCCCGUGAAGAUUAGCAGUGUGUCAUGUGGGGAGUACCACACAGCAGCCAUUUCAGACGAGGGAGAGGUUUACACAUGGAGACUAGGGAGUAUGGGCCAGCUCGGACAUUCUUCACUCCAGUAUGGUGAUAAAGAGUUACUUCCAAGGAGGGUGGUUUCCCUUGACAGUAUUUUCAUAAAAGACGUAUCAUGCGGUGGUGUACAUACAUGUGCUUUAACUCAGGAAGGAGCACUUUACCCUUGGGGUGGAGGCCAAUCUGGACAGUUAGGCCUAGGCCCCGACACAGGAUUAUUCUCGUGUGUUGUCAAUGACUCUCGUACAUUUUUCCGUAACAUUCCAGUUUUAGUUGUUCCAAAAAGCGUGCAACUUGUUGCAUGUGGACAUUCUCACACACUUAUCUGUAUGAAAGAUGGUCGAAUACAUGGAUGGGGUUACAACAGUUACGGUCAGGCAGCCAAUGAGAAAACUACAUAUGCUUGGUAUCCGUCACCUGUUGACUGGUGUGUUGGGGAGGUUCGAAAACUAGCUGCUGGGGGAGGCCAUUCAGCUGUGUUGACGGAUGCUUAUUCAUUAAAGGAGUUGUGUGAGUUUGUACUUGCGGAUAGUAUGACCUUAUCUAAUGCGGCUAAAGUUGAGGAUAUCGCUUAUAGAACCGGAUCCGAUGCUUUAGCUCGCCUUUGUGGAAGACUCAGAGAGUACAUGCUUGCCAGUGGCGCUCAUGGACAAGACGAAGAAAAGAACAGUAAAAUCUAACAAAGCAUUCAUAGUUAAAAUUAUUCAUGAUUCUCUGUAAUCAUGAAAUGUAUGUAAUUCUUGUAUUCAUUCAUAGAACUGUGUUAUUAUUAUUUGAACAGAAGUAGUCCUGCAGUGUAUAUAGUGUUCAUUUACCUAGAAGCUUAGUACCAAAUAAUGUAUUUUAGAGUAAUUUAUGUACAUAGAAAAAAAUGUGUCUAUCUAUUGAAUAAAGAGACCAUUGACUCAUGUAAGAGGAGUGUCCUCUGCUUUCA